UAUUUCUCUCCGCGACAGCCAUUGUGGCCCUUCACACUUGCGCCUAUCUAUUUUCCUCCGAUGCACGCCGGGUGCGUAUGGAGAUAACUUACGCCUCCUCCAGUUCUAGCGACCUCACCUCCGUCGCCGCUUCCACCUCCGGAUCCUCCAUGCCGACAUCCGGCGUCCGACCAGUUAAGAUCAUUCCUCUGCAACACCCUAACGCGACGUCGUCUUCCUCUCUUUCCUCUUCUCUGCCUUGUGCUCUUUUCUCUCGCUGGCUGACCAAAAUGAAACAUAUGUCUUUAGCUCAAUGGAUUGAGACUUUCUUGCCUUGCUACCGUUGGAUUAGGACUUAUAAAUGGCGCGAGUAUUUUCAGGUUGAUCUUAUGGCCGGUAUCACUAUCGGUAUUAUGCUCGUGCCGCAGGCAAUGUCUUAUGCUAAGUUGGCUGGGCUUCAACCAAUUUAUGGACUAUACUGUGGUUUUGUGCCAGUAUUUGUGUAUGCCGUAUUUGGGUCAUCUCGGCAACUGGCAACUGGUCCUGUGGCAUUGGUUUCUCUCCUAGUCUCUAACGUUUUAAGUGGAAUUGUUGAUUCAUCUGAUGAGUUAUACACGGAACUUGCUAUACUAUUGGCACUAAUGGUUGGAAUUCUGGAAUGCAUCAUGGGGCUUUUGAGGCUUGGAUGGAUUAUACGCUUCAUUAGUCACUCUGUGAUUUCUGGCUUCACAACUGCAUCAGCCAUUGUGAUUGCAUUAUCUCAAGCAAAGUACUUCCUGGGAUAUGAUGUUGUACGAAGCAGCAAGAUUGUGCCAUUAGUAAAGAGCAUAAUAUCUGGAGCGGAUAAGUUCUCGUGGCCUCCUUUUGUGAUGGGAUCUAGCAUUCUUGCUAUACUUUUGGUCAUGAAGCACUUGGGAAAAUCAAGAAAGCAAUUUAGAUUCCUUCGAGCAGCAGGACCCCUCACAGCAGUCAUUUUGGGUACAACUUUUGUGAAAAUUUUUCACCCAUCUUCUAUUUCUUUGGUAGGAGAGAUACCCCAGGGUCUCCCAAGCUUCUCCAUUCCUAAAGGAUUUGGGUAUGCAAAGUCUUUAAUCCCCACAGCAAUGCUUAUUACUGGUGUAGCCAUAUUGGAAUCUGUGGGGAUUGCAAAAGCUUUAGCGGCAAAGAAUGGUUAUGAACUGGAUUCAAAUCAGGAGUUGUUUGGCCUUGGUAUAGCAAAUAUCAUGGGCUCAUUUUUUUCAGCAUACCCUGCAACAGGUUCCUUUUCUAGGUCAGCCGUAAGUAAUGAAAGUGGGACAAAAACUGGCUUAUCUGGAAUUAUUACUGGCAUCAUCAUGGGCUGUGCUCUUCUAUUCUUGACUCCAUUAUUUGAAUACAUUCCCCUGUGUUCUCUGGCUGCAAUAGUAAUCUCUGCUGUGAUGGGCCUGGUGGAUUAUGAAGAGGCCAUCUUCUUAUGGCGUGUAGAUAAGAAAGAUUUUCUUCUAUGGACCAUUACUAGUGCUACAACAUUGUUCCUUGGCAUUGAGAUUGGUGUCCUUGUUGGGGUUGGUGUAUCAAUCGCUUUUGUUAUCCAUGAAUCAGCGAAUCCACACAUUGCUGUAUUGGGCCGUCUUCCUGGUACCACUGUUUACAGAAACAUCCAACAGUAUCCAGAAGCAUAUACUUACAAUGGAAUUGUGAUGGUUCGCAUUGAUGCACCAAUCUAUUUUGCCAAUAUAAGUUACAUAAAAGACAGACUAAGGGAAUAUGAACUCAACGUUGACAAAUCUACCAAACAUGGACCGGAAGUUGAAAGAAUUUAUUUUGUGAUUUUGGAGAUGUCACCUGUUACAUAUAUAGACUCCAGUGCUGUACAAGCUUUGAAAGACUUGCAUCAGGAGUAUAAAUCACGGGAUAUCCAGAUUGCUAUUUCCAAUCCCAACAGAGAAGUUUUGUUGACCUUAUCAAAAGCUGGUCUUGUAGAGCUCAUCGGCAAGGAAUGGUACUUUGUGAGAAUGCAUGAUGCUGUUCAAGUUUGCCUUCAGCAUGUUCAAAGCAUAAGCCAAGAACCCAGGCACCCGGAUUUAUUACCUGUCGAUAAGCCAGGUUUCUUCCAACGGUUAUUGAAACAAAGAGAGGAGGAUUUAUCAGUUGCGAAGUUGGAGUCAGGCAAUAAUUCUGACUCUCAACUGGAGCCAUUGUUGUCUCGGAAGUCAUGAAAUUGACUUAUUUUUUCAACAAAUAAACUACUGCCCAUUUUUAUCAAGGCAACCGCUUAUACAUAUUUGCAAGGUUUGAUUAUUUUCUUGUAAUUGUAAUCCAUUGUUGUAACAUUUAUCCAUUGUUGUAACAUUUCAUUAUGAUGUAUCAUUUGAUUUUUCAAGCUAGUUAGCUAUGAUUGUUGUAGAAUAAACAAAGUUUACUUUCUGCUAUGGAAAUAUUCAUUUCUCAUUA